AUUACAUUUACUCAUGUUUCCUUAGGCUUUCCUUGGCUGUGAUACUUCUUCAGACUUUCCUUAUUUUUGAUGACCCUGAGGUUUUUGAAGACUACCGUUAGGUUUUUUUGUAGAAUGUCCUUCUAUUGGGAUUUUGUUUGUUGUUUUCCUCAUGACUAGACUGGGGGUAUUUGGGAGGAAAACCAUUGAGGUUAAAGUCCUUUCUUUCAUCAUAUUGUAUCCAGUGUACAUGCUACCAACCUGACCUAUCACUGUUGAUGUUGACUUUGAUCACCUGGGUGAGGCAGUGUUUGCCAGGUUUCUCCAGUGGAAAGUUCCUCUCUCUUUCCCCCUUCCCAUACUGUUCUCUUUAGGAGGACAUCACUAUGUGCAGCCCACACAUUAGGAGUGGGAAAUUAGGCUCUUCUCCCCCAUUUGUUUAUUUACCCAUAUAUUUGUAUCAGUAUAGAUCCAUGGGCAUCUAUUUUAUACUUUGGGGUAUUAUCCAGUACCACUUAUUUUUUGCUCAUACUGUUCCAUCUUUGGCCAUUGGGCACUCUUUCCUGUGUUCUUUUGACUUACCCUCCCAUCAUUAUGGGUAUUUUAGUUUUGUUUUCUUUUUUGAACAUUUUUUUUCUGGCACUGCAAGAUGUCCCAGGUUUAUCUUGUGUACUUCCUGCCCCAAUCCUAGAGUUGGCCAUUUCUCCAAGGGGUCCCCCUUUUUUUGGAAGUGGUUUUAAAAAUCAAGAUCUUGGUUGGCACCUGGGUGGCUCAGUUGGUUAAAUGUCUGACUCCUGUUCUCAGUUCAGGUCUUGAUCUCAGGGUCAUGAGUUCAAGCCCUGCGUUGGGCUCCGCACUGGACACGAAGCCUGCUUUAAAAAAAAAAAAAAAAAGAUCUAGGGGCGCCUGGGUGGCUCAGUCGGUUAAGCGUCCGACUUCGGCUCAGGUCAUGAUCUCGCGGUUUGUGAGUUCGAGCCCUGCGUCGGGCUCUGUGCUGACAGCUUGGAGCCUGGAGCCUGCUUUGGAUUCUGUGUCUCCUCUCUCUGCCCCUCCCCCACUUGAGCUGUCUCUCUCUCUCUCUCUCUCAAAAAUAAAUAAAUGUAAAAACAAAAUUAAAAAAAAAAACCCCAAGAUCUUGGUAUUAGGUGUAUUUAUUGUACCAGGGUAUAGUUUCUUCUAGGUCCUCGCAAGUGUCACAGCAAGGGAAUGUGUGCAUACUAAUGGGUAUAUAUGCACAUAUCUAUAAAUACUACUAUGUGUAAUCUUCUGUAAAUUAAGGACAACAUGAGUUUGUGCUGAUGUCUCCGACUCUCUUCCAUUACCAUAUAGAGUAUUCUGGCUUUUUCUUAUCUGUAAAUUCCCACACCCAGCAAUGAAAAGUGGCUCCCACCAUCCACCACCCAAAUACUCGUUCAAUUCCAGUGUACACAUAUAGCAGUGUCAGAAUUGUUAGCCAGUACACGCAUAGAAAAUAACUCACCAGCUAGAAAAAUGUUUUCGUACAGUCAAGUUUACACACCCCACUUGUUUCUGAAGUUACAUAGGUCGGCAUUGUCUCCCUCCACCCCUUUCGAUGAGGCUGUUUAAUAUAUGCGUAACACACAUUGUCACAUCUGCGUGCUAUCCUUGGAUCACUCGACCUCCUAAAUGAUUUUUCAAAAAUUUUCAUACUUUUGAUUCACUCUGUGCUGUGAAGGUUCAUGGGUUUUGACAAACGCAUAGUGUUAUGUAUGCAUAAUUAUAGCAUCCUACAGAGUAGUCUCACUGUGUAAAUUAUCCCUGAUGCUGACAUGUUCAACCUGACUGCCUUCCCCAAACCUCUGGUAACCACUGAUCUUUUUUUACCGUAUCUGUAGUUUUGCUUUUUUCAGAAUGUCAUCUAAUUGGAAUUAUACAGCCUGUCACCUUUUCAGACUGGCUUCUUUCACUUAGCAGUGUGCGUUUAAAAUGCAUCCAUGUCUUUUUAUGGCUUGAUAACUCAUUUCCUUGAAUUGCUGAAUAAUGUUGCAUUGCAGUUUGCUUAUUAUUCAUAGAGUUAUUGAAGGAUAUUUUAGAUUCUUCAAGUUUGGGGUGGUUAUGGAUAAAGCUGCUAGAAAUAUUGGUGUGCAGGUUUUUGGACACUUGUAAGCUUUCAGAUCAUUUGGAUCAUGGAAGGGAAGUGGUUGCUUUGUAUGUUACUGGUCCUUGGAACGACAAUUGUUCAUGCUCACGAAGGCCAUGAUGAUGAUAUGAUUGAUAUUGAGGACGACCUCGAUGAUGUUAUUGAAGAGGUAGAAGACUCAAAAUCAAAACCAGAUACCAGUGCUCCUCCAUCUCCAAAGGUCACCUACAAAGCUCCGGUUCCAACAGGGGAAGUGUAUUUUGCUGAUUCCUUUGACAGAGGAACUCUGUCAGGGUGGAUAUUAUCCAAAGCCAAGAAAGAGGACACUGAUGAUGAAAUUGCCAAAUAUGAUGGAAAGUGGGAGGUAGAUGAAAUGAAGGAAACAAAGCUUCCAGGUGAUAAAGGACUUGUAUUGAUGUCUCGGGCCAAGCAUCAUGCCAUCUCCGCGAAACUGAACAAGCCCUUCCUGUUUGAUACCAAGCCUCUCAUUGUUCAGUAUGAGGUUAAUUUCCAAAAUGGAAUAGAAUGUGGUGGUGCCUAUGUGAAACUGCUUUCCAAAACCCCAGAACUCAACCUGGAUCAGUUCCACGACAAGACCCCUUAUACGAUUAUGUUUGGUCCAGAUAAAUGUGGAGAAGACUAUAAAUUGCACUUCAUCUUCCGCCACAAAAACCCCAAAACGGGUGUAUAUGAAGAAAAGCACGCUAAGAGGCCAGAUGCAGAUCUAAAGACCUAUUUUACUGAUAAGAAAACACAUCUUUAUACAUUAAUCCUGAAUCCAGAUAAUAGUUUUGAAAUACUAGUGGACCAAUCUGUUGUGAAUAGUGGAAAUUUGCUAAACGACAUGACUCCUUCUGUAAAUCCUUCACGUGAAAUUGAGGACCCAGAUGACCAGAAGCCUGAGGACUGGGAUGAAAGACCAAAAAUACCAGAUCCUGAUGCUGUCAAACCGGAUGACUGGGAUGAAGAUGCCCCUGCUAAGAUUGCAGAUGAAGAAGCUACAAAACCUGAAGGCUGGUUAGAUGAUGAGCCCGAAUAUGUACCUGAUCCAGAUGCAGAGAAGCCGGAGGAUUGGGAUGAAGAUAUGGAUGGAGAAUGGGAGGCUCCUCAGAUUGCCAACCCUAAGUGUGAGUCAGCCCCUGGGUGUGGUCUCUGGCAGCGACCUAUGAUUGACAACCCUAAUUAUAAAGGCAAAUGGAAGCCUCCCAUGAUUGACAAUCCUAACUACCAGGGAAUCUGGAAGCCCCGGAAAAUACCAAAUCCAGACUUCUUUGAAGAUCUGGAACCUUUCAAAAUGACUCCUUUUAGCGCUAUUGGUUUGGAGCUGUGGUCCAUGACCUCAGACAUUUUUUUUGACAACUUUAUUAUUUGCGGUGAUCGAAGAGUAGUUGAUGAUUGGGCCAAUGAUGGAUGGGGCCUGAAGAAAGCUGCCGACGGAGCUGCUGAGCCAGGUGUGGUGGGGCAGAUGAUUGAGGCGGCCGAGGAGCGCCCGUGGCUCUGGGUAGUCUACAUCCUGACAGUAGCUCUGCCUGUGUUUCUUGUUAUCCUCUUCUGCUGCUCUGGAAAGAAACAGUCAAGUCCUGUGGAAUAUAAGAAAACUGAUGCCCCUCAACCAGAUGUGAAGGAGGAAGAAGAAGAGAAGGAAGAGGAAAAGGACAAGGGAGACGAGGAGGAGGAAGGUGAAGAAAAACUUGAAGAGAAGCAGAAAAGUGAUGCUGAAGAAGAUGGUGGCACUGUCAGUCAAGAGGAGGAGGAUAGAAAACCUAAAGCAGAGGUAAUACGAAGGAAAAGUACAGUUUAUAUCUCAAGCAACUCAAGUGAAAGUACAUUUCCCUAGAGGGGGCAUUUUUAAAAAGGUUUUUUAAAUGUUCAUUUUUUGAGAGAGAAAGAGACAGAGUGUGAGGUGGUGGGCAAAGAGAGGGAGACACAGAAUCUGAAGCAGGCUCCAGGCUCUGAGCUGUCAGCACAGAGCCCGACGUGGGGCUCGAACUCCUGGACCGUGAGAUCAUGACCUGAGCCGAAGUUGGAUGCUCAACUGACUGAGCCCCAGGUGCCCCUAGAGAAGGGGGUACUUUCAUAGGGUAAUUUUCAUUUGCUGUGGCAAUUAAAAAAAUGUGUUAGAAUUAGUUUUAUAAAAGUGGAAUUCUUAGGACAGGUACACAUUUUAUUGGUUAAUUUUAAACUAUAUCUGAAUCUCGGAAGUAUUUUUCUGUGCUACAAAUGGUUUUCUGGAAUAAGCAGAAGGUUUUAGGGGAAAACCAAUACAGUGUUUUUAAGAUGGUAACUUCAGGUUAUUAAUGUAACACAUCUGUCUCCUCUCUCCUUGCUGUGCCCUUAAAAAGUAUUUCCUUCACUAGGGGUCUAGUGGUUAGGAGGGAAGAAAAAGUAUUUUUUGAGCAAAUAAUUGUAUUCUAAAAUUUUUAUCCCUGUUACUCAUGGAUUCAUCCAUUCAACAAAUAUUUCUGGAGUGCCCAUCAUGUGCUGCACAUUGCCAACGAACAAGACAGAAACAAAAAUACCCUGCCUUUGGGGAGCAUAAAUUCCAGUAGGAAGAAAUAGCCAAUAAGCAAGAGGCAUUAUAAGGAAAUGAAUGAAUAGUAUGUUAGGAAACUAUAGGGCCUAAAAAAUAAAAGUAGGAAAGGAAAGGGUAUUAGAAGUACCGGAGGUGAGAUGGGUUGCAAUGUUAGGGAUGGUAGGCCUCAUGGAAGAGUGCACUGGAGCAGACUUAAAAGAGAUACAGGACUUUGCCGUGGAGAUGUCCUUGGGAAGAGCAUUCCUGGCAGAAAGAACAGCCAGUACAGUGGCCUGAAGUAGUAGUCUAGAGGACCAGUGCGGCCAUUGGGGGGUGGGGGGUUGGGGUGGGGAAGGCUCUAGAUUAAGUGGGACCUCCCAAGCCAUAAUGUGAGCUUGGCUUUUCCUUCUUGUGAAAUGGGCAGCCAUUGCAGGCUUUAGGGCACAGGAGUGACAGGAUCUGAAUACUCUGGCUGCUGUGUUUUCUGCAGAUGGGAGAAUCAGUGAGAACAGUUAGGAGGCUGCUGUGAUAAUGCAGGCAAGAUAUGGUGGCUCUAGCCAGGUGAUAGGAGAGGAAGGUCUGAGAACUCACUGGGCUUCCGGAUCCAGAUUUUGGGUGAAUUGGUAAGAGGUACGAGGGAAAGAGAAUUGUCUACACCUUUCUUAGGGCCCUUUUCCAAGCAUAUCUCUGUUUCAGUUUGCUCUUUGCUGGAAAACCUUACCCAGUUUCCAUUCUAGCUUCUGCACCUCUGCCCCUCCGUCGAUAAAGGUCAAUGCUGUUUAUAUUUUCUAUGGCCGUAGCCUGUCUCAAGUAGAAUGCAGAGUUUCAACUAAAUGCUCUUCUUUCAGGUAGGGACGAGUCUCACAUACGUAUUUUAUAUCCACCAGUCUUCCUCACAAUAUAAGAAGUCGCUCCAUAGAGUAGAAUGAGGCCCUGGGCUUGUCAUCUGGAGUGUCGUGUGGGACUGCUGGGAUAGUCUUCCAUCCUCUUAUAUCCCGUCUUUCUCAGAGAAGCCUCAAAGUGGGGCUAAUGUGCCCACAGGCCAGUAGAUUAUUCAGGAUCGAACAGGAUAAUGUGGGGAAAGCAUGGCAUCUGGUCCUUUUUAAAGAAAACGUUUAGGAG